AUUUCUCCAUUUUAUAAAUAAUUUAAUCAUUUCAGUAAUCAUUUUACAAUUAUUACUGAAAAUUUAACCGCGCUACAUAUAAAAGACUACAAAUUUUUUGAUCUUACAUUAUUAUUUUUGGAGCACAUUAAUUAAGAAUACGGAAAUCAGCAUGGGUUCGAGUCAACAGUUUUCUCUUAGGUGGAAUAAUUAUUUAAAACAUAUUACUUGUGCUUUUGAUACGUUAAGAACAGAAGAAGAUCUUGUUGAUGUAACUUUAAGCUGUGAGGGAAAAAGAAUAAGAGCACACAAAAUGCUUUUAUCCGCAUGUAGUACAUAUUUCAGAGAUUUAUUUAAGGAAAAUCCAUGUCAGCAUCCUGUUAUAAUAUUUCGUAAUGUAAAAUUUGAUGAUUUGGCUGCAUUAGUUGAUUUUAUGUAUCAAGGUGAAGUAAAUGUGGUUCAAGAACAAUUAGCUAGUUUUUUAACAACUGCUGAACUACUUGCUGUUCAGGGUCUUACAGAUGGUACAGGAAAAGAUAAUGAUAGUUUAGUAGAGGAUGACAUAGAAAUUCCUAAUGAACCUGAAAUUCAACUUCAAAAUGCUUCUAGUAAAACUGCAACAGAUAAGAGAAAUAAAUCACCUUCAUCUCCAAUGCCUUAUCACGCUGUCGAUUUACAACCUGAUGCUCCGCCGACUAAAAGACGAAAAUGUAGAGAAAAUGCAAAUACAAAUGCUGAUAAGACUAUAAGUAAUGCUUUAUCUGCUAAAGAUUCUGAAAAUAAGACUUCAGAAAAUCAAUCAACAACUGGUUCAGAUCCUGUUGAAAUAAUUCCUCUAAUGCCAAAUUUAAAAUUGGAAAUGCCUGAAUAUCUAGUACAAGAUGGAAGUAGCUGUAGUUACGAAGAACAGAGUUUAGGAGACAGUUCGCUAAAUAAAAUUGGUAUAGAAGAUACAUCAUCUAAUACUCCUGAUCAUGAUCAGAAACCUGAUAUCACUCAAACAUUUUACUCAAGUAACCAAUCUACUUCAGAUAGCUUGGAUCUUAAACAUCAAACAGCUGAUGUUGGACACUUGCUUUCAAAACCUAGUACUUCUGGAGAAAGAUUAACGCAAGAAGCAGUACAGGAUUCUCGUACGGUGGUCAUCGAACAGCCGUCGCAUUCGUGCAAACUCUGCGGUAAAACGUUUUGGAAUCGGGACUCGAUGUACAAACACAUGAACAUGCACAAAGGGACGACUCAGUGUCCGGUGUGCCAUAAAGUGCUGAGCCGCACGACACACAUGAAGCGACAUUUAAAAAAUCGGCACGGUUGGCUAGGCGUGGGGACGACCGCCGCAGCCGCCGCAACUGCAGUUGCUAACGCCGCAGCAGCAGCAGCAGCAGCAGCCGCAGCCGCAGCCGCAGCCGCCGCCGGGAAUGGAGCCGGGACAGGAGGAACCGCAUCCACCAACGCCGUCCCUGGUGUCGUCCCCGUUGUAUCCGCUGUCAGCGGCGCCUCCACGCCGCCCGACGCCUCUGUCACCACGCCUCUGCCACAGCCUAUUUCCGUCUCCUCCACUGCGAUCGCCCACCAAAACGUCGGAAGUCCCACCGCUGGUCUCGAGCCUAACGCCACCUACACCACUAUACGCAUCAGAGAGAGCAGCGUCGAGAGAAUCACGUCUAGUCCUAUUCCUUAGUGCGAACAUAUCCUGCCCAACCCGUACACCCGUCGACGUAAGAGAGGAUAAACUAUCCCUUCCCCGUUUCUCUUUUCUCCCCUCCCCUCUUCUUUUCUCGCUUGUUUCUCUCCUUCACUCGUCCACUCCUCUCCUCGUGUACGCGUUUCGUUUUCGAUCCAAGAUCGGAAAGAUUUUUACAUAAAUAUAUAUAUACAUAUAUAUAUAUAUAUAUUAUGUAAGGUUAGGUUAUUAGGAACGUAUCUUCGCUCGAUUGAAAAUGAAUUAACGAAUAUGGUGGUGAUGAAAUGCGAUGUAAAUAAUAUAAGCGAACGGUGUUUAACAUCGAGCUCGAAGUCGAGUUCGUUCGAGAGAAGGGGGCGCGUUUGUUAAUUUUUUUUUUUUUUUUUUCCUUCACAAGUAAUAAUUUUCUCAUCUCGGAAACGCGAUGCGUAAAAUAUCUCUCUAGUCGUCGACGGGAAGCCUGUAAGACGCCUGUCUUACACUUUUCACCCUAGUCAUUUAUACGCAUAUAUGAGUAUAUGUGUAUACAUACGUUAAUGUGUAUCUAUCUGUAUAUGCAUAUAUGAAAAAAGAGGAGAAGAAGAAGAUGGUGUGUAGAGAAGAGAAGAGAGAAGAAUGGAAGAAGGAAGAGAGAAAGAAAAAAAAAAAGAAAAGAAGUAGAUUUCGCGUGCGAAUUAUGAUUACCAGGAGGGAGGAUAAACCUAUAUUAUUAACCUUUUUUAUAACCAAAGACAUGCUAUAGGAAAGAAAGAAAAAGGCAAAUUAUUUUAUCUAGUCAAAUGAGUUCGGUACUUAAUAGCGUGUAAGGAGGAAUGUGCAUCUUUCUUUGUACGAUCGAUAAGAGUAUACAUAAUGUUCGCGUGCUAUCCUGAAAGUGGUAGAUCAAUUGUGAGACUGAGCAAAAAAAAAAAAAAAAUAUGUACGAUCGUUUUCGAGGCUUCGAUAUGUUUUUUUUUUUUUUUUUUUUUAAGCUAAAUAAUCUUUCCGACUGACGACUUUCAGCGAAUAUCUUUAACCUCGACGAAAGUUUCGUAACCGACUAUCGGUAUAUUCUCUUUUCCGCGUACGAUCGGAACAAGAUAGUAAUAAAAACUUUCCUCGAGGUGUGACUAAUUCGUAAUAGAUGUCUACGUUGCCGGAUGCGUAAAACGUAUCCAAUCGUCGAUCGAACGUACGAUCUUAUAUAUAUAUAUAUAUCGAAGAAACGUGCCAUUUUCAUUGCUCUAUUUUUUUUUUUUUUUUCUUUUCUUUUCUUUAAGCAAAGAAUACGCGAAACUGUUCGCGUUCGCGUUUUGCGGCCAACCUGUUCUCCGCAUUGGCAGUCGAGUUGGCUUUCGAGUUGCUCAUUUGUUCGUUUAUCCCUGGAUUAAAAUUUGGCCAUAAUACAUAUACGUUUACGAUAUUGAAUAUAAUAUACUCAUAUGUACUAUUUUAGUUAUAAGCUUGCUCGGAAGCUUGCCGAAUUCGUGUUCACGAAUAUGUACGUACUACCAACUGUUUUACCAACUAUCAACUGAUUAUUAUUUACGAAAUGUAAAUAGAAUUUUAUUUUCGUUUACAUCAUCUAUAUAUAUAUAUAUAUAUAUAUUCCAAUAUGGAAUGUAAAACUUUAAUAUGUUAUUUUUGUGUUAUCUACUUUUUGUUUAUUUUGUUAUUCAUAUUGUUUGCUUGUUUCUCUUUAGUUUUUAAUUUAUCUUUUUUUUAUCGCGUUAUAAUUUUAUUUUAAUCCAAAGAAUUAAUGUAAUGCCGAUAGGAUAGCUCGACUUCUAUCCGGCUGGAUCUAAUCCGAUAAUUCGAGUCUUUUAUCUCUGUGCAAUUAUACGAAGAGGCUAUACGGUUCGCUCGGUGUGAUCUCUUAUUUGCUACAUGCCAAAGUUUUUGUGAACGCGUGAGGAACGAUAAACCAAAAAAGAAAAAAAAAAAAAAAAAACUAAAAAAAAAAAAGUGAAAUGUAUAUUUUGCGAAAAAAAAAAACUUUAUUGUACAAAUCGAAGCUAGUUGACAAAAAUCACCAAAGGGAACAAUUUGUUGACACGAUUGUUCCGAAUUGAGAAACAUCACGUUGACUGCGCAUCACUGAUUUUUUAAUUUUUACCGAUCUUCUGCGUAAUUUUUGCUUAAAACAAAAUUGUUACGGGAAAGAAUGUUGUUACGAAGAACGGCGCGUGUUGUAAUUUAAUUUUUAACUGAGAAAUCGGAGCGGCGGUCAAUGCUCGCCGAUUUUUAGUAAUUAUUCUUCGUUGCGCGAAGAAGUAAAUUUUCUUUAUUGACGAUGCUUGAGUUACGAUUUGCAAAUCGCAUGCGUCCUAUUUUGUGCUUAUUAUAUAUGUAUAUAUAUAUACAUAUAUAUAUAUUUUAUUGCACAAUUUGCACGUAUACUUUUUUUUUAUCGUGUAAUUUCGAGUCGUCUUCUAUCGAAAUUGGCAAUUGUUUCGUUAGAGAGAGAGAAAAGAAACUGUUCGACGUUUAAUGACACACACACACACACGCGCGUGCGCGCGCGCACACACACACACACACACACACACACACACACACACACACACAUGCACACACGUACACACAUUCUUUUGUACGUCAAUUUAAUUUCUCCCUUUUUCCCUUAUUAAUUUAUAUUAGUUUAAUUUACGAUCUAAGUGAAAUUUUUUUCUAAGGAAUUAAGGGGAAUACAUUAAAUGCAAUGUAUAUGCGUUUAUUUAUACAUACUUGUGUAUAUGAUACACAAUUAUAUACAAUUUAAAGAAAAUUUUUAAAAAUUAAAAAAAAAAAAAAGAAGAAAGAAAGAAAGAAAGAAAGAAACGAAUGUGCACAUUCCUCAGAAGCCACAAUACAAAAUAAGUACAAGAUUGCCAAUUAUUAUAUACUUUAGACAAAUUGAUAUUUCUUUCUUUAAUUAUUUAUAUAAAAAUAAGAAGUAUCUAUAUAUAUAUAUAUAUAUAAAUAAAUGAA